AUGUUGUCGGUCGCUGCCCGCUCGGGCCCGUUCGCGCCCGUCCUGUCGGCCUCUUCCCGCGCGGUGGCGGGCGCGCUGCGGCCCCUGGUGCAGGCCGCGCUGCCCCCGGCCCCGGAGCCGCCGGUGCUGGACGUGAAGCUGCCCUUCCUCUGCCGGGAGUCGCUGAACGGCCAGGCCGCGAGCGGGCCCCUCAUCGCCGUCGUGGGCCUUAACGCCCCUGCCUCCGUGCGCUGGUCCCACACCGACGUCAAAGUGCCCGACUUCUCGGACUGCCGGCGCGCCGAGGUGCAGGACAGCACCAGGCCCUCCAGGGAGAGCCGCGAGGCCCGGAAGGGCUUCUCCUACCUGCUCACCGCCACCACCACGGUGGCCGCCGCCUACACCGCCAAGAACGUCGUCUCCCAGUUCGUGUCCAGCAUGAGCGCCUCCGCCGACGUGCUGGCCAUGUCCAAGAUCGAGAUCAAGCUGUCCGACAUCCCCGAGGGCAAGAACGUGGCCUUCAAGUGGCGGGGCAAGCCGCUGUUCGUGCGCCACCGCACCCCGAGGGAGGUGGAGCAGGAGGCCGCCGUGGACGUGGCCCACCUGCGGGACCCCCAGCACGACCUGGAGCGCGUCAAGAAGCCCGAGUGGGUCAUCCUCAUCGGCGUCUGCACGCACCUGGGCUGCGUGCCCAUCGCCAACGCGGGCGACUUCGGCGGCUAUUACUGCCCGUGCCAUGGCUCCCACUACGACGCCUCCGGCCGCAUCCGGAAGGGGCCCGCGCCCCUCAACCUCGAGGUGCCCUACUACGAGUUCACCAGCGACGACGUGGUGGUGGUGGGCUAG